AUGAUGCAGCAUUUAGACAUGGCUCUACUGUCGACAUUUGUGGAGAGGUGGCAGCCGGACACAAACACCUUCCACAUGCCGUUUGGAGAGAUUUCGAUCCUUCUACAUGAUGUGCAUCACAUUCUUCAUAUUCCGGUUGAUGGAGAGUUGAUGGGAGAUGAGGCGUCGCCGAAUAUUCUCAAGUCAGAAAUGGGUGGUCUAGUUCAACUUUCGGUGGAUGCUCAUGUUGGUGGUAAGUGGACGUCUAAGUGGUACGAUAAUGGUGCUAUGCAUGCGGAGGGAUUGUUGGUUCAUGGGGAGAGCUGA